UUUCAAAAUUGUCGUUCCGUAGCUUUUCAAAAACCCGCAGAUUGGUACGAGUACGAGUACGAGUACGAGUACCGUCGACAGCAAUGAUGGGCAAGAAAAAAUCUUUCCGCCAUCUUCCGGUGCACCCCUCGUGGCCUGCGAUCAGCACCAACCAGCACACCGAUAACAGCACCAUUCCGAGAGCGCAUACAAGCGAGGACAACAAGCGACAACCACAACAAGCGACCAAUAAAGGACUGCUCAUGAAGACGAAACCCAAGCUGGUCCGCGUCCUGGCGCCCCCCCUGUCGCUGGUGGUGCUCGGGCAGCAGGAGCCGGCGGCUUUGGAGUCCGACGGAGAGGGGGGGGGAGGCGUCCCGGAAGCCACCCGCAGGGCCCUCGGCGAGUCCCUGGCCCGGAGCCGGCCGCUGGCGCCGAUCGCUUUCCCCGGCGGCGGCGACAGCCACCACCACCACGACGGAAACAAGUACACCGUCCAGCAGACCACCCUGCACCCCUGCCGUCCGUGGGUGGCCUACGCGGUGUUUGCGCAGGGGGAGGCCGGCGAGGCAAGCAGCGGCAGCGGCAACCACCCCGAGGCCUCCCACGAGAGGAACGGGUGGGUGGUCGUCCAGGACACGUCGACGUCAAGGAUCGUCUUCUCGGCGGGGCUUUCCGAGCUGGCGGCGGAGGCCUCGGCUUUUCGCGUUCGCCACUCUGGGCACCAAAGGGGCCGAAGCGGUUCGGACGCCAGGCAAGCACCGCCGCACCUGCGGUCCGUGGUGCGGCUGGCCUUUCUCGACCAGGCGGCCCUGUACUGGAACGGGUUUGCCGGAAAUGCAAGCAGCAACGACGGCAGCAACGACUACGACGACGACCACCACCACCGCAGCUGGUCGUACCUCCUGGUCCACUUUUCGAACCGGGUCCUGGUGGUCGACCUAAAGGCCCGGGGGGCGGGCCUCUCCGACGCCGGCUUYGCGACCGCCCACCCGGCCCCCUCCGCCGUGGUGGCCGACGUGACCCCCCAGAGCCUGGAGGGGGCGACCGGCGGCGGCGGUUCGAGUUCGAGUUCGAGUUCGACUUCCAGCGGGUCCCUUGGCGCCGCCCUGGCGGUGUCCCGGACGAAGCUCCUCCUGGCCUGCUCCGACGGGACCCUCGGGGUCUACGACUGGGAGUCCUCGAGCAUUUUGCGGUCCGCCGGGUGGGCCGGGGYGGUGGGGGGGUUCACGGACAACCCCAGGACGUCCGACGCCAUCGUCCGGAUCGUCCCCGCCAAUCCCUACUCGUACGACCCGGGGGAGGCCAUGGCCGGCGACGGCAGCAGCAGCCGCCAGCGGCCCAAGCGGCAGACGGUCGUCUGCCUGACCAAAAAGGAGGCCGCCUACCUGGUCGACGUGGGCAGCCCCUCGCUCGGGUCCGUCCUCGCACGCAUGGAGGGGGGAUCCGUGUUUGCGCACGGGCACGAGGGCGUUCYKGCGUUUCCGAGCGCGGGCAUGGACCACACGGACGUCCGGUACGAUGCCUUUCGGGACCUCUUCUUYUGGACGAAUCCCUCCAAGAACGGCAGGUCCAAGCUCUUUGUGUGGGACCUGGCCGCGGUGGUGGCUUCCUCCAAACGACAACAACUACAACAGCAGCAGCAGCAGCAGCCCGGGGCGUCCAAGCCACCGAUCCUUCGGCCCGAUCCGGUGYUGGUGGCCCAGUUUGCGCACGAGGGGCUCUCGCACUCGGUCUUUCCCGGAUGGCUCCACGAGUCCUUCCCGUCCGACAGCGUGGCCUGUCUCCUGGCCACCAAGGACGGGGAGCUGCAGGUGUCGGUGGCCCCCCUCUACAAGACCAACUCCUCGGCGAAGAACCCCUUUCCGGCGGCGGUCGUCUGGAGCGUCGAGCUCCCAAGGGUCCUGGCCCGGGACCUGCGGCUGGGGGACCGUUGCGCCCCCGGCGACGUUGAGGGCCCCCGCUUCAAGGUCCGGUCGGUCUCCUGCGAGCCGCUGAGGGACCCGUCCACCGUCUUUGUGGGCACCACGAUCGGGAUCCAGGUCGUGAGGCUCCUGGACGGCCUCAAGGGCCUGCCCUCCCCCGGGACCCGGUGCGUCUACUUCAACGCCAACGCCGGGAACAUGGGCCGGUCCGUCCUGUCGCUGCGGGGGGGGCAGCUCUCGUAUAGCCCGCUGGAUCCCCCCCCGCUGGAGGACCGAGCACAAGCGAGCAGCAGCAGCAGCAGCACCGGUUCCAGCUUGCUGGGAGUCGACCGGGUCAACCCGAUCGGGAGGAUGGAGUACUACAGCGCGGGCUACAGCACCGGGGGRAGCACCGGCAGCUCGUCCGGCAACGUCUAUGGCAGCCUUUCCGGGAACAUCGCGCGGAGCAACACCAAGGAGCACCGGACCGCCCAGAAAAUCACCUCCAUGGUCUACGAGUCGCCCCCCCCGCUGCACCUGCCCCUGGAAAUCCGGAGCAGGCGUCCCUUCCGGAACCCGCCGCGGUUCCUGCYUAGCCCCUCCGGCCGGUUCGUCUGCUGCUGCUGGAAAGACGAGCUGCGGUACGAGAUACUGAGCGUGUCGGUCCUCCUGGAGAGCGUCAAGGACAAGAACCGAAACCGGAACGCGGGCGAMRGGCCCGCGGCGAGGAACCCCCUCGUGGCGGGCGGAACGGGGGUGGUGUCCUUUGCCUGGAUCGGCGACGGCGACGUCUUCUCCCUCCUGUACGAUCCCGAGCAGGACGAGGCCCUCAAGGCGGGGAUCAACCUCGGCGCGCCGGAGGCCAGCAAGGGCUCGGACUUUUACACGGUCGACGCGAUGAUCAAGAACCUCGGAAAGAUCAAGACCUACAAGAAGGGCGCMAGGGCGGUGGUGGACACGGCCGGGAAGCUCGGGAGCGUCGAGGGCCUGAUGGACCUAGGGAAGGACACGGGCAAGCUGGGAAAGAAGGGGCUGAAGGGCAUGUCGCGACUCGCCCACGGAUCGGCGACCGCGGUCGGUGCCCCCAUCAUGGUAAGUAAAGUAAAGUAAAGUACGGUACGGUACAGUACUUCGGUAUGUAGUGCGCUUUUUUUCCCGGGGGCUUCCGCGGACAUCGAUGGGAAGCCGUUCGUCCGUGCACCAAAGYUCGGUCGCUGGGAGUACGAUCGAACGGCAGAGACCAAGGUUCCUUUUGUACGGUGCGUGUCUCAUCCGUGUUUGUUGCUUGCUCGAUAGGGUGCCGGAAAAAUCGCUGUCAAGGGCACGAAGAAAGGAGCGAAACGAGUCGGCAAGAAAAUGCCCUUUGGCUGGGGCAAAAAGAAGGACAAAAAGGGAGCCAGUUCCCUGGCCAGCACGGACUUGGAAAGCGACGACGACGAACCCACCACGGCUACGUCUCCCAUCGAAAUCAUACCCGAGGAAACCGACCCGGAGGCCGACGAACGAGCUGCUUCCCAAAAACUCGAGAAGAAACAUCCGUGGGUCGAACUCAGAAUGCUGGUGGGAUCUACCAACGAGGGAGACGAAACGGCCGGCGGCACAACCGCGUCCAGUUUGGGGCAGCUCACACUGAGAACGGGAGGCCGCAAUCCCCCAACGAUCCUGUUCGGAGGUCCCGUGUUGUGCGUGGGAAGCAAGUUCGACGAAAACGACGAGGGCGUGUCGCACUUUUACACCAAGAAGAAGGGCCAGGACGAAGAGAGUGCCUCGGUCUACGUCAGUUCCGGACCAUCCUUCCCUUGCCCCGAUAUUGUGGCGUGGGACGACGAUGGAAAGCUGUGUGCGGUCGUGAUCAAGGGAAAGGUGUCGGUAUAUCUUUCGGACGAUCCAAACUUUGUCUUGCUAGGAAUGGCAGAGGUUGGGUCGUCGUCGUUGGACAGUGGUGGUGUGAUCAGCGCCCGCUUCCUCCAUGGAGUCUUGUACUGCACCACGAAAACUUCCGUUCGAUGCGUGUUUCUGGGCGACCCGAGCGGAGAAAGUUCCUGCCACAUGGACGCGUUCACUCUCGCCAGUUGCAAUGUGCCGAUCCUGCCCUCCAGAUCCAUCGUGACCGAUUACGAUUCUCUGACUCCACCGACUAUUCCAAUGCCCCUUCAUCACCCAGAAAUACUGGGUUAUCAGAAUGGCAGUCUCGUUUUAUCCACCACGACCGGCAUCGUGGCGGUCCCCCUGGGGUUCCCGUUGCUCCGCAUUGGAUCGUUGAUUUCCGCUGGGAGCGACUAUUUUCAAAAAGCCGAGCAGUGGUUCGAUGCUGUUCCGAACGAUGAUCACGAGGCUCUCGCGACGUUUUUGGAGAGACGGGGGGUUCCAAUGCUUGCCCUCAACCUCUGCGGGCUGUCGCUCGAAACAACAAUCGACCUUUGCAUGCGAUACGGUUUUGUGGAUCGUCUCGAAGAAGUAGUAGAACUCUUUGGACUCAAGGCCAUACGUGCGAUCGAUCAGUCCAGCGGGCUUUCGUCCAAUAUUUUCGGACCAGAAGAAGGCACCGCAAGCCUUUUAGUGUGUGUGGGAGCUUACUUGUUGAGCUAUGGCAGAAUCGAGUUGGUUCGUAGAAUUGCAACCGAGUGCCUUGCAAGCGGAGAAAAGGGAAAGAAGGAAGCCUUUAUGCUAGCCGGCUUGCUCCUUUCCGUAAACGAGAGCGAUGCCAAAAGAGUAAUUCAUCGUUCUGUGGAAAGCAUUGAGGACAAUAGUGACUGGGUGGUAGGGCCUUUUGUACGAAAACAUGUGCUCAACUUUAAGGACUAGCAUUGAUCAGGUAUAGGUAUAAUUGUCUCGAGAUUAGUCCAUAGUUGUUGAGGAGGUGCGAUGACCCAUACCGUAGUGUCCGUUGCAGACGGAUUGUUACCGCAUAGAAUUUUUUAGUGUAUUUAUUGAUACGCCGACGAAGACAACUAAGUGAUAACAGAGAUCAGACUUGCGAUAAUUCUUUUUGUUGCGAAACGAAAGAAUUUCACUGAUUUAGAGCUGCCAAUGUUGAAAACAUCUGUAGUUAGUUGUCCCAAUGCUAUGAUUAGUAUUAAUUGUAUUUGAGUACUACUUGUAGUACUACACCACAGUCACAUGCGAUUUUUAUUCCCUCUUGUCUAGUGCUUUCCCCAAUCCAAAAUACAAAUGCAAUCACUGC